AAAAAAUAUUUUUUUUUGUUUGUUUGUUGUAUACAAUAUUUAAGAAAAAAAAAGCGAUUCAGUCAGUUGUAGUGCGGGACGGAGAGCAUACGUCGGUUCUGUUUCGUUGUUUAAGAAAAAGAGAAAUAUAUAAUAUACAUGAAGAUAUUGUGAAGAGAAUAUAAAAAUUUAUAUCUUAAUAAUUUUUUUUGAAAAAAAAAGAAAAAAAAUGUCUAAUGACAUUGAUUAAAAUUAAGCAAAAUCAAGUGCCUUUCAAAUAUGAUUAAAAUUGUGUGAUAUUAAAUAAUUUGAUACAAUACUGUCCUAUGAUGAGUGAAUAAUUAUUUUCAGUGAAAAAAAAAAUAAAUAAAAAAUAUUUUGUGUGAAAAUUUUUAUGAAAAAUAUGAAAAUACAUUUUAACAACGCGUGUGAGAUAUAAAUAAGCAUAUAGAUCUAUAUAUUUUGUAAAAAAGAUAUUAUUAUUAUUCAUAAAAACAGAAAUGAGACAUGAUGAUUUCUCCAAUUAUUAAGACUGAUUCAUGCAUUAAUACUUUUAAAUAAUUAACAAAUUUUUUAAAAAUCAAAACAAAAAAAUAAUUUUUUAAAAAACUCUUUUUACAUAAAAAAGUUUAAUUGGAUAUUAUUGCAAAAAUGAAGGGGCCAUUCGGAGAAGUUUACCCUUAUCAUCAUCAUUUGCAUAAUCAAAUGCUCAAUGGUGCAUCCAAUGGAUUAUUUCGAAGUGGUGGUGAUAUCAAUCAAUUAGCAGCUCAACAGCCAAACACUUCACAUUUUACCGCAUCUGCAGCAAAUAAUAAUUCAUUACAUUUUCCGUCGGCAUUCGUUGCAUUUCACAAUAGCCAAAUGGCGGCUGCUGCUGCUGCAAGUGGACAACAGCGACCUACACAUGAGAGUAAUUUUAAUCCAGCAUCAUCGUUUCAUUAUCCGCAUGGGCCAUUAUUUAAUGAGGUGCAGUUACUUAAUUCAUCAUCACGAAAUCCACUAGUUCCAGUAUUGCCAUUAUCACCUGAGAAUAGUCAAAAUAAUCCGCCACAUCCAGCUGACAUUCAUCCUGCAUAUCGAAUUGGAUAUAUGCAAUUACUACAUACGCUUCAUAAUGCAACCAGCCCACAAUCAUCUCUACAUGGUCCAAGUUUUUCAACGGAAAAUCUAUCACAUGCUGCCGCUGCUGCUGCAUCAUUAAGUGGUGUUCCAUAUACGACAUUAAAUAGCUUCUCAAAUGAUGUUAAUAUGGAGCGUCUAAAGUCGAGUAAUGGCGGAACACAAACCUCACUUCGUGCCGAUCCAAUUACAACCUUUAAUCGGAAACGAGCACUGUCAUCAUCACCAUAUCCAGAUUUGUUGGAUGUGAGCUCAAUGAUACGUAACUCGCCAAACUCACUUUAUGGUUCAAAAAAUAGCCACAUAAGUGGCUCAUUUGGACAUUUAGCGGUAACAGCUUUAAAUAACACAACAGCAAGUGGAACGAAUGGAUCACUCGGUUCGCCAAUGUCCAUUUCAUCGUUGCCAACAUCUCUCCAGCACUUUUUAAUGAGCGGUGACAUCCUUCCAUCACUAUCAGGUCAUUACAUAUCACCAACAAACUCAAUGUUUUCAUUAGCACACCAUCAAGCGAUGAUGCAAGUUGAUGCCUCUAUGCAAUCUCUUAAAUCGGAAACACACGAUGCCCAACAGAAGCAACAUAGUAAUAGCACAUCGUCAAAUUCAUUAAAUAAGAAUGCAAAUAAGAAAUCUGAUUCGAAUACAAUGACAGUGACAUCAGCCGAGGCUGAUAGUCCAUCGCAAAUGCAAUCACAGAUUCGUAAAGUGAAGAUUAAAUCCGAGAAUAUUAGUAAUGAUGAUUUUAUACAGAAUGCCAAAUUAUCGACAACAAAUUCACAUUUAAAUCAACAUCAUCAGCCGCAUCAUCAUCAUCAUCACCAUCAUCAUAACAUAACAAGUGCCAAUGUAAAUGAAUUACAAAGUAACUUUAGCAGUAAUCAACGACUGAAGCCAAAUGGCAUAAUGAGUAAUGUAGGAGGAAACCAUAAGAGCAAGGAAAUGUUCAAUGCCAAAAAUAAUAAUCAUAAUAGUAAUAAUAAUAACAAUAACCUUAGAUCAAGUAACAAUAAUAGUAGCACAAGUAGUGAAACAGUCCUAGCUGAUACGACCGAUGCGAAGGAAGAUGGCGGUAAUUUUAUCGAAACAAAUUGUCAUUGGAGAGGUUGUGGGCUUGAAUUCAUGACACAGGAGGAAUUAGUUCGACAUAUUAAUACCGAUCAUAUACAUGGCAACAAGAAAUCUUUUGUAUGUCGAUGGGAGACAUGCUCGAGAGAUGAGAAACCAUUUAAGGCUCAAUACAUGCUUGUUGUGCACAUGAGACGGCACACUGGAGAAAAACCACAUUCAUGCACGUUCGAAGGAUGUCAUAAAGCAUAUUCACGCCUUGAGAAUCUCAAAACACAUUUAAGAUCACAUACAGGCGAGAAGCCUUACACCUGUGAGUUUCCGGGUUGUAGUAAAGCUUUCAGUAAUGCAUCAGACCGUGCAAAGCAUCAGAAUAGAACACAUAGCAAUGAGAAACCGUAUGUCUGUAAAGCACCAGGAUGCACAAAGCGAUAUACAGAUCCAUCGAGUUUAAGAAAGCAUGUAAAAACUGUUCAUGGUGCAGAUUUCUAUGCAAAGCGAAAGCAUAAAGGUACGGGUGAUAGCGGAAGCGGUGAAGAUGGAAAUGGUGUCAGCAGUCCUGCUACGAAUGAAGAUAAUUACAGUAUAAAAACGACGAGUUUAAUGAGUCCAAGCAUAAAAUCAGAAUCGGACAUAAAUUCACCGGGAUAUCCACAAAUGAAUAGCCCAUCAGGCGUCUCACACAUGAAUUCAGACAUGAAUGAUGACUUUGACUAUGGAAAUGGAGGUAGCAACAAUGGCAAUAAUAAUAUGAGUAAUGCUAAUAGCACACAAAUUGGAAUUGUCUCCUCAACCGUAGACUCCCAGUGGCCAUACGAGGAAGAAGAAGAAACAGCCGAGGUCUCUGAACUCCCAAUGGUCUUACGUGCCAUGAUUGAUUUCGAUCAAACCGGAGGUGGAGGUGUUGCUCUUAUGAAUCCAGUUGAUCAAUUUAGUUCUCGCUUUCGAUCUCGUUUGCAUCCCAAAGGUGGAAUGUUGCAGCCACCAUCACCAAAUCCAUCGGAAUAUAUUAGUAGCUCAUCUCCACGUAGUACUUAUGGCAUUGGUGAAUUAAAUCGCCGCAUUACAGAUCUUAAAGUUGAUCAUCCAGCAUUGAGUCCACCGCAUAAUUUCAUGCGUGACUCAUCGCCAAAAUUACUCGAGCUUGGUCAAAACUAUCAAAAUAAUGUCAAUACAGCACAUUAUCAACAAACGACUUUACAAUUCAAUCAACAAUUGAAUCAACAAAUACGACGUGAUAGUAAUAAUUCAACAACAAGUAGUUCAUAUUAUAGUAUGAAGUCAUGUGAUGUUAGCCGACGAAGUAGCAACCAAUCUCAUACAUCAUCGAUUUCAACAUUACGACCGAGUUCAAAUGCCUCACUUGCUGCGCCAGGCGGUGUUGUUGGUGCCAACUUUAAUGGUAACAAUAACUAUGACUCCAACUUAUUUUAUGAUCCAAUUUCGGCUGGCAGUUCAAGAAGAUCGAGUCAACUAUCAACAGCCGAUGGUAUUGGCAACAAUAACUAUGGACCACCAUCAUCACAGCUUUUAUCAUCUCAUUUGGCACGUCUCCAACGUCACUCGAAUGCACCGAGUCAUCAAUAUAAUUCGACUGCCUCAUUCUAUCAACAUAGCCAUCCAUACAAUUCGUACAACUAUCCAGUAUCGUCUCAAGGUGUUGGCAACAUGAACAAUAGCAUGUUCUAUAAUUAUCCGACACAUCCGAAUGCUCAUAAUUUUCCGCACAUGUAUGCCAACAAUAAUACACGACAACACCAUCAGAUACCAUCAUCGUCAACUGACCGUAGAAUGAGCGAGCCAAUAAGCAGUAUUGCAUCGAGAAACGUGCAAAAUGACUUCACAUGUCCCAUCGUACAACGUCCUCGUUCGACGACACCUACAAAAUCAUUAGAGAUGGUUUUGGACUCGCCAAAAGAUAUGAAAUCAACGCCAGCAGCAACACCGGAAAAGAAAAAAGUCGAGAAGGAGAGCAGCAACAGCAGUGGGAGUAAGAAGAAUAAAAGUAAUAAUAAAGAUUCACCAUCAAAACCACAUCCAAAUGAGACUGUCGUACUUGAUGUGCUGAAAACGAAUGAAAAAAUCGAAAAUUGCGAUGAACUCGUUAUACCAGAUGAUAUGGUAUUAUAUUUGAAUCAAGUGAGUGAUGAGGGAACAACGCCAUCAACAGCAACAAAGCCAUCAUCAGUGCCAAAAAUCAAAUUAGAUUUAGAUGAAAUUGAGCCAAUGUCAUCAUCAAUUUCGAUAGAAAAGAUAAAGGAAGAAGAUCUAUUGACGCUAUUAGCAGAAGUCGAUGCUAAAUCAAAUGUCAAUGAGGAGCAAUGUGAUAUGAGCAAUAAUAAUGCUGAUGGGAGCGACAGACAAACAUUUAAUGAGGCGACAGUAAAUGAUUUUGAGAUCAACAAUAAUAGCCAAGAUGAAUGUAAAGUAGAUAGUGAUACGAAAACAACGAGGAAGGAGAUCACGUGCAAGUCGUAGGAGAGAAGAAAAUAAAAAUUUGAAUUUUUCCAUCCCCGAGUAAUUUAUGCAUUGUUAGAGACGUCGUGUAGCUUCUUGAUUUUUAAUCUUAUUGUUUUUUUCUUAUUCUCAUGAAUGACUGCCUUUUAAAACAGAAGUGAUAAUGAAAUGGCAGGCCAUAAUUGGCAUAUAAUAAACAGGUGAAUGAGCAAUUGUAAUGAAUAGUUUGAGCUUCUAUUAUUGAUAAAUGAAUGAGCGUGUUGAUUUCGACUAAUUGACGUGAUAAUAAGAUACCGACUUUUUUACGGUAGACUGGGAAUAUAUCAGUUGAACAGCCGGCUGUUUGCUGUUAGCAAAAAUAAUUUUAUUCAUGCAGACUGAGUUACUACUGAGUGCUCAUUUGAAUAAUAUGGAGAUUCAUGUUGGUACUUAAGUUUGGCAGAUUAUUGGAUGGAUCAAAAAUACGUUAAGAAAUAUUUUUGAAUAAUUUUUGACCGUUAAAAAUUAAGAAUUACAUUUAUUGAUUUUUGAAUAGAAUAAUAAUAUUUAAAAUUAAGGAAUCAAACACAUAUUUUAAAUUUGCAGCUCAUUUUCAAUUGGGUCGUUCGUAAAUGAUGUCAGAAAACUCAAAAUAAUGCAAGGGUGUAGCUAGGAUGGUCUGAAGGGGUUCGAAACCACUGUUAUAUUUUGAAAAAGCUACAAACAAAGCUUGACACUCCUCGAGAAAAAAAAAGACUCUAGUUGCACCCCCUGACUUACUUAAAUCCUAACAAACCUCAAACAACUGCCAAUCGACGUUCUCAAAUUAAUAUUUCAAAUUCUCGGGAAAAUUAAACAAAAAACACGAAAGAACAAGGAACAAUAAUUGAAUUGAAUAGUAAUAGCAUUUAAUUAAUUAUAAUUAAUUAUUAUCAUUAAAUUUUGUUUUAAUUUUCUUUUAUGUUAUAAUUAAUUAAACUUUUUAAUUCUAUCUGCCUUUUUGUGUUUUAUGCAAAAAAAAAAAUCAUGAAAUAAUUUUCAAUAUUUUUCUGAUAUUAUUAUUAUGACUCUUUACUUUGUAUGUUAUUGAACAAGAACAUAAAAUAAUAUUUUUUCAUGAAAAUUUAUUAUGAACGAAUGUGAAACGAAAAAAAAAGUAUGAAUGAAAUAUGUUUAUGGCAAUUUCUCUGUUCUUCCAUUAUGAUUAUACAAUAAUUAUUAUUAUUAUUAUUAUUAUUUUCUAUUAUUGAGAAUUCAUUCUAUUUUUUAUUUUAUUAUUUUUUAGGUAUUAGGAACUUUUUCUUGUGAAAUAAAUAGUUUUUUUGAUGAUUAAAAAUUA